AUGGAACCGGUCAAGGCUCCCAUCGAAUACCCCCCGCUCGGGGAUCUGCGGAAGAUGAUGGCCCAAAAUCCUGUCCCUAUGAUCGCCCCCAGAACCGUGCAAGAGGGUUCCAUGGGUGGCGACGAACCGACAAAACAAGCCCAGUUCACGUUGAAUGCAUUCAAUGCUGCUUUGGAAAUCCGCGAUGCCGCUCGUCUUACGGAAUGCUUCUUUCCUGACCAGGCCUUUUGGAAGGACCAGCUUGCUCUAACAUACCAUCUACGGAGCUUCUCCACCCCAUCUGGCGUUGCUGCCGGACUUUUGGAGACUACGCAACUGAGGGGCGUCGUUGGCGGUCUCAGUAUCAGUGGCUCAGCUCAGUUCAUCCCGGCUACCCCAGUACUGCAAUUCAUCGAUUGUGCGGCGACCUUCAGAACCGCCUCACCAGCCGCCACCUGCAGCAGCAGACUCAUCCUUCUUCCCGUCAAGCGCCAGUCCGAUGUUUCAAAGAAGAAUAUCGAGUGGAAGAUUUGGAUCUUAAGUACCAAGCUAGAGAAUCUUAAAAUUCAUCCCGAAGAUGAAAGUCUUCUCAAGGCACCCAAGAGACAGUUAGUGGAAAUGGAUACCAUCGAGUCUGAGGUUUUCAUCAUUGGCGGAGGCAAUGCCGCGUGUGCCCUUGCCGCUCGUCUCAAAGCUUUUGGUGUCGACAGCGUGAUGGCCGAGAGGAACGCCAGAGUGGGUGACAACUGGGCUCUCCGAUACGAUUAUCUGAAGUUCCAUGUGCCGACCGCUUUCUGCCAGCUGCCUUACUUGGACUACCCCGAGGAGCUGUGUGGGGAUCACUUGCUCACCAAAGACGAGUUGGCUGAGCAGGCUCGACGAUAUGUGGAAGCCCUCAACCUCAACAUCAUCACCUCGGCCAAGAUCAAGGCGACCUCGUAUGAUCAAUCGACAAAGCUGUGGACUGUCAAGUUCCAGACUCCUGAUGGAGAGCGUACUGCCAUCUCUAAGCACCUCGUACAAGCAACCGGGGUUUCAUCCCAGAAGCCGUACACUCCGAAGAUUGCAAACGAGCAUCUUUACAAGGGCGUCAGACUUCAUUCGGCGGAUUACAAGAACGCCACUAUUUUGAAGGAAAAGGGUGUGAAGUCCGCGAUCAUCGUCGGCUCUGCAAACACAGGAUUCGACGUGCUGCAAGAUUGUCACGAUACUGGUCUGAAGAUUACCAUGGUUGUCCGCUCACCGACCUAUAUUGUGCCAGUUGAAUAUGUUUGCAAUCCCCGCAGUCUUGGAGCGUACAACUUUGGUGUCGAGGCCGGCGACAGGAUGUUCUUGACACUGCCCGCAUGCAUCGACGGUCAACUCGGCCGCGGUCUCUUCGCUCAGUUUGCGCUACAAGAGCCGGAUCAUUACGCGUCUCUCGCCGCUGCAGGCUUCCCUGUUCUCGACAGUCGCGACCCCGAUUGUGCAUUGAUGCACAACCUCCUCGAGCGUGCCGGUGGGCACUAUGUCGAUGUCGGUGCUACAAGCCUGAUUGCUGAGGGGAAGGCCGGCCUCAAAGCGGGAGCCGAGCCGGUGGCGUACACCGAGACGGGUCUCCGCUUCUCGGACGGCAGCAUCGUUGACGCGGAUGCCAUUCUGUGGUGCACCGGCUUUGCCGACAAGGACGCCAGGAAGACCGCUGCCGAGGUCCUUGGCGGUGGAAACACGGAUGGCAAGGUCAACGGAGAUAAGAACGUUCUCGGCCCAGAGGACAUCGCGGCCCGUCUCGAUGCUACCUGGAACCUUGAUGAGGAGGGCGAGAUCCGUGGAAUGUGGAAGCGCCAUCUAAACAUGGAGAACUACUGGAUCAUGGGUGGAUACACGCAGCAGCAUCGAUGGCAUUCACGGACCCUUGCGCUGCAGAUCAAGGCAGCCCUUGAGGGCGUACUCCCCCCGGCCUAUCGCGAUACCCCGACUCUGAAGGUGCCUCAAUAG